GCCUCCGUGUUUUACUCGUGGAGUAAAGGUACCUAUCCUCACAGAGUCUGCCACUGGGUGUGAAGCUUCACAGGUCUGGUUGUUGUGUUUGAGCGGAUUAAAAAAAAUCCUUAUUAUCCACAUCCGCAUCCCCACAAACACCAUCAUCAAACCAGCGGGGGCAGGGAGCAGAAGAAGAAGAUGGGGUGCUGCUCGGCGCGAUGCAUGUUGAUCCUCCUGUGCUGUUUGCAGCUGAUUACAGCGCUGGAGAGGCAGGUGUUUGACUUUCUGGGCUACCAGUGGGCUCCCAUCAUGAUCAACUUUUUUCACAUCAUCAUGGUCAUCCUCGGCCUGUUUGGUGCAGUCCAGUACAGAUCACGCUACGUUAUAAUGGAUGGUGAUAUUCUGUCCUUCGGUGUAUCCUCACAUCAUUCCUGGUGGAAGGAGAAUGGGCCGGGAUGUGAAAGCGAGAGACUUCCCUCUGCUGGAUGGAAGAACCAGCAAAAUCCAGAGCUUACCACAGUGCUGAGCUGCUGGCUGGAAUACCAGUACAUAGAAAUCCUGCACUGCAUCAUCCAGCUCCUCGUAUCACUCCUGGGAUUUGUUUACGCCUGCUAUGUGGCCAGCACAUUUUCAGAAGAGGAUGACAGCUUUAACUUCAUUGGUGAGUUUCACCAUCCAUCCAAACCCUCUAAGUUGCUUUUCUAGUGUUACAAUCCAUUGAUUAUAAAUAAAGAAAGUGAAAAGCUGAGAAGGAACUAAGAGGAAGAUCAAACAACUCUGCAGAGUCUGAUAGUGCGUCAUCUCUGGCAUGGUCAAUAACACUCACACAGAGAUGCCGAAUCUCACUGUGUACGUUUCUCACACUGUGGCCUGAUUCAAAAGAGGAGUCUCCAGUCUAUUGCAUGUUGAUAUUUUCUAGUUUUAUCCAGUAGUAACGCUACCUCUCAGCAUGUAUGUGAAAGACUGUUUGUAGGUUCGGCUGUCUGACAGAAUACUGUGGUUCUAAAUUUGUACAUAUGCAGCUGGUGUUCUUUCUGAUGUUUCAUAAAAUGUACAAAUUAUUAUUAUGUGUAAUUUCAAUUAGAAGAAGGGAGGACCCCAACGUGUAUAAUGUGUGUCAUCAGUCAGUGGAAUAAACUGUGUCCACAAUUUGCCUUAUAGUGGAUUACUGCUAAUGUUCAUCUAAUGUUUAUUCAUUCAUAUACAG